AUGGCUUUAGGGCUACUUCUCUUGGCUGUGGUAGCCUUCCUGAGUGUAAUGGUGUUGAAGUCUGUAUGGUAUCAGAAGAAGCUCUCUGGGAAGCUUCCUCCUGGGCCAGCACCCUUGCCCUUCAUCGGGAACUACCUGCAGCUGAAGACAGAGUUUUACACCUCCAUCAUAAAGAUCAGUAAGACCUAUGGUCCCGUGUUCACCAUAUACCUUGGUCCUCGACGGUUCGUGGUGCUGUGUGGAUACAAGGCACUUAAGGAAGCCCUGGUGGAUCAGGCUGAGGAAUUCAGCGGACGAGGCAGGUUGGCCAUCUUCCACAAUCUCAUCAAAGGCAUUGGAUUGGGACAUAACAAUGAGGAUCAUGCCAAACAACUUAGACGCUUCUGCAUUACCACACUGCGUGACUUUGGCAUGGGCAAGCGUAGCAUCGAAGAGCGAAUACAGGAGGAAGCAAGCUUCCUUAAGGAGACGCUGCAGGAUACAAGAGGUGCCUACAUUGAUCCCACCUUCUACCUGAGCAAAGCAGUCUGCAAUAUCAUUAGCUCCAUUGUCUUUGGGGACCGCUUUGACUAUGAGGAUGAAGAGUUCCUGUCACUUCUGAAAAGAAUGCUGGGACUCAUGCAGUUUAUGUCUUCAUCUGCAGGCCAGCUCUAUGAGAUGUUCUAUUCUGUGAUGAAUCACCUGCCAGGGCCACAGCAACAGGCCAUUAAGAAGCUGCUGGAACUGGAAGCAUUCAUAAUCAAGAAGGUGGAGCAGAACCAGGAAACCUUGGAUCCCAAUUCUCCAAGGAAUGUCAUCGACUCCUUUCUCAUCCGCAUGCAGGAGGAGAAGAAUAACCCCAACACAGAGUUCUAUGUGAAGAACCUGGUGAUUAUCACAUUGACACUCUUCUUUGCGGGCACAGAAACAGUGAGCACAAAUCUGCGCUAUUGCUUUCAGCUGCUCAUGAAGUACCCAGAUGUGGCAGCCAAGGUCCAUGAAGAGAUUGACCAGGUGAUUGGCAGGGACCGGCAGCCCAAGUUUGAGGACCACAUCAAGAUGCCCUACACAGAGGCAGUGAUUCAUGAGUCCUUGAGAUACGGAGGCAUGUCUGCUAUGGGCCUGGCACGCAUGGUCACCAAGGACACCAGAUUUCGGGGUUUCUUCAUACCUAAGGACACUGAGGUACUCACUAUGCUGGGCACCCUGAUGACUGACUCCAAGUUCUUCCCAGGCCCUGAAAAUUUCGAUCCCCAUCACUUCCUAGAUGAGAAGGGGAAGUUUAAGAAGAUUGAAGCUUUUAUGCCUUUCUCCAUGGGAAAGCGAUCCUGUCUUGGAGAAGGCCUGGCUAGAAUGGAGCUCUUUCUCUUUGUCACCACCAUCAUGCAACACUUCCAGUUCAAGUCUGCACAGAUGCCACAGGACAUGGAAGUGUCACGCAUGCAAACAGGAAUCACUACACUCCCACUAAAAUAUACCAUGAGCUUCCUGCCCCGCUGA